AAUAUAUUAUUUCAGAUAUAAUGAUUUGGAUUCGAGCUCAGCUGGUUUUCCAACGAAUAGCAGAAGCUUAAAUCAUGGCUACUUGGACGAUGCUCUCCGCCUUCAGAAACCGUUCUCUUACUUCACGCAUAAUCUCGCAUCAUCGAUCUCUCAGGACAUUGGUUUUAGCUGAACAUGAAGGGGGUUCUAUCAAGACCUCAUCAUUGAGUGCAAUAGAAGCAGCCAAAUCUUUGGGUGAUGAGAAUUCUAUAUCUGUACUUCUUGCUGGAUCAGGUCCUUCAAUCAAGGAGGUUGCUUCACGGGCUGCAUCAUGCCAUCCUUCUGUUUCCGAGGUUCUUCUUGCUGAUUCUGAAAAAUUUUCAAAUCCUCUAGCAGAACCAUGGGCUAAGCUAGUCCAUUUGGUUCACCAGAAAGGUGGAUACUCACAUAUAAUUUCUGCAUCAAGUUCAUUUGGGAAAAACAUACUACCCCGUGCAGCUGCCCUUCUGGAUGUUUCUCCAAUUACUGAUGUCACUGAGAUUUCUGGACCUAAUCUCUUUGUGAGACCAACAUAUGCUGGAAAUGCUCUUUCUACUGUACGGUAUACUGGCUCCAUCCCUUGUAUGUUGACCAUUAGAGCUCCAUCUUUUCCGCCUGUUACAGUAGCAGCUGAUUCAAAAUCAGAUGCAGCCUCCAUUGACCAGGUUGAUAUUUCAAUCUUGAAUGAAGAUGGUGCAGUUGGUAAAUCAAGAUAUAUAAAAGUUUGCUCUCAAAAUGCGGAGCGCCCAGAUUUGGGAAAUGCACGUGUUGUGGUCACAGGGGGACGGGCUUUGAAAAGCGCUGAGAACUUUAAAAUGAUAGAGAAGCUUGCAGAGAAACUUGGGGCAGCAGUUGGUGCAACUCGUGCAGCAGUUGAUGCGGGAUAUGUUCCUAAUGAUCUCCAGGUGGGGCAGACUGGAAAGAUUGUUGCUCCAGAAUUAUAUAUGGCUUUUGGUGUUUCCGGAGCCAUUCAACACAUAGCCGGCAUGAGAGAUUCCAAAAUCAUUGUUGCUGUAAAUAAAGACGCUGAUGCACCCAUAUUCCAGGUUGCAGACUAUGGACUUGUAGGAGACCUUUUUGAGGUCAUACCAGAGUUGUUAGAGAAACUUCCCGAGAAGAAGUAGAAGCCAACAAUUCACAAAAGACAGAAAGAUUGGUACAAUCUAGGAUUAUUGUAGUGGAGGGCAUUUAGCAUUUUACCCUCACAGAAUCUCUACUCUCUUUAUCUUUACUAAUAAAAUCUUCUCUUGGAGAAGCAACUA